AUGAAGGUACAAUAUCACCAGUUCAUUGAAGAAUAUAUUCAACUCGGUCACAUGUCUUUAGCUGAACAUCAAAGUGACGAUUCAGGUUUCUUUCUUCCGCAUCAUUGCGUAUUGAAAGAUUCGACAACUACAAAAUUGAGAGUAGUCUUUGAUGGAUCCGCUAAAACCACGACUGGUAUAUCAAUUAACGAUAUCAUGAUGGUAGGACCCACCAUUCAAGAUAAUUUGUUUCAUAUUCUAUUGAGAUUUCGACAACACAAUUAUGUUCUGAGUGCAGACAUAACAAAAAUGUACCGUCAAGUGCUUGUCCAUGAAUCACAACGCGAUUUCCAAAAGAUAUGGCGUUUCCAUGCUGAAAGUGAAAUUCAGAUUUACAAAUUGAACACAAUCACGUAUGGUUUGGCAUCUUCAGCGUUUCUGGCUAUCAGAUCACUGCAAGAAGUUGCACAUCUUAACAAGUAUGAGUUUCCAAAAAUUGCUGACAUUAUUUUACACGACUUUUACGUCGAUGAUCUCCUCACUGGUGGUGACACUGUAGAGGAGAUCAAUUAUAUUAAAGAAAAUACUUCUAAACUUCUACUCUCCUACGGUUUUCCAUUGAGAAAAUGA